AUGAAAAGUCUUUUAAUAUCAAUCAUUAUUACACUGAAUUGUAUCAUUGUCAGUGUCAGUUGUUUCAAUCAUUAUCCAGCACCCGAUCAAUAUCAUAAACAUCGAUCAACAAAUCUCGAUUUACUCUAUGCUACGAUAACCGAUUUGAAAGAAGCAUUGAACGACUUGCAAAUCACGCCAGCGCAACUUGUUCACCAGUACCUACGAAGAAUUCAAGAAGUCAAUCGAGAAGGACCAGAACUCAAUGCCGUUAUUGAGACAAAUCCCGAUGCAGAGAAGAUAGCUCACAAAUUACAAUAUGGGAAAGGAGCUCUCAACGGCAUUCCGAUUCUGGUGAAAGAUAUUAUCGAUACCGCGGAUCGACUCAGUACUACAGCCGGGUCCUAUGCUCUUCUGGGCUCCAAAGUCCCUCGUGAUGCAUUUGUCAUUCGUCAACUACGAAAAGCUGGUGCAAUCAUUCUCGGUAAGACAAGUCUAUCUGAAUGGAGUGGCUUUCGUGUGUUUAAUAUAAGCCGUCAGGGAGUGAGUGCACGUGGAGGAGUCUCGAAAUCAGCCUAUGUUACAAAUGGUGAUCCUCUCGGGUCCAGUUCUGGUUCAGCUAUUGCAGUCAGCGUUGGUUUGUGUGCGGCAGCAUUAGGCGAAGAAACCGACGGAAGUAUUAUUGGUCCUGCUAGUCGAAACGGAAUUGUUGGAAUGAAACCAACGGUUGGAUUGACUUCGAGAUCAGGUGUGAUUCCGAUCAGCCACAUACAGGAUUCCAUUGGUCCGAUGGCUAAGACAGUUGAAGAUGUAGCUCUGCUGUUGGAAGUGAUACAGGGUGAAGAUCCGAGAGAUAAUGCAACAGUUGGAGUGAGACGAGAAUCAUGCUAUACAAAGUAUCUCAAAGGAGUGAGUGGAUUCAAAGGUGUUCGUGUCGGUGUGCUACGUUACGAUGUGAUUACAAAUGCAACAAAUCCCGAACAGGUCAAGGUGUUUGAUGAAGCAGUUAAACUCAUACGUUCACAUGGUGCAUUGGUGAAAGAUCCAAUUCGACUUAAGAAUUCGGAUGAAUUAGAUCUUCCGGCUGAGUUAAUCGUGGCAGUCGGUCAGUUUAAAGAAAAUAUCGAAAAUUAUCUUCGGCAAUUAAAACACACAAAGAUCAGAACACUGCGAGAUAUAAUCAAUUUCAACAAUGACCACAAAAGUCUUGAAUUCAAUCAAUAUCUGUCUGAUCAAGAUAUCUUCUUGUUCGCUGAGAACACAAUUGUAACAAGUGAAGAUCUGGCAAAUUACGCUCGUCUCGCUCAAAGUCUUGAACAAACUUUGGAAAAACAUCAUUUGGAUAUUUUGAUCACACUGGCUGAAUUCGGUACAAGACCAUCAGCUAUAGCAGGAAGUCCGAUGAUCACUGUUCCCCUGGGUUAUUUGCAAGUUGGAGACGGUACAACUGACCUUCAACCAUUUGGCUUGGGUAUCAUGGGACGAAAAUGGAGUGAAGGCUUGCUGUUAAAGGUGGCUCAUGCAUUUGAACAGGCAACGCACGUGAGAGAUCGAGUACGACCAAAGUAUGCACCAAAAGACUCGUAUUAA